UAAAAGUUAGAUUCUCGAGUGCACUUUAACAAUUGGUGUCAUGGCCCAGAUAAGGUAUUGAAGGUGCUAGCUGCCCUGUGCGCGGCUGUCUGUUGGACUCUAACCUAGUGCGGUGUGAUUUUUAACUCAGUCCCAGGAGGUAGAGAGAUGCCUGGCUUGCUGUGUUCUUCCGACCUCCCUGCCGCCCCCCCUCCCGGAUCUUGCCGUCUCCAAACAAGAGGCUGCCUCAUUUGAUUGUGGUCUCUUUCAUCACCCCCUCCUCUCCCCUCGACUCCCUCCUCGACGGGAACCCUCUCUCUAACCUCAGCCUUGAAUAUGUUUCGUGAGACAGCCCCCUCCCUCCCUCACUCUCCUUGUAAGGGAAUUCCUCCUCCUCUCCCUCUGCAACGGGAGAGACCCCCCUCCCCUUUCAUUGUUAAACUGACUCGCCAUACCCCAGGAGGGGGCAGGAAAAUGCCAAAAAGCAUCAUCUGGGGGGAGGAAAUUUGCCCUUGUCCCUGUCGUAUUUUUAAACAGUGUUAUCCCGCAGCUCUGCGUCUCCGCCACCACCAACCCCUUCCACGAGGGGGAACAGUCAUCCCCACCCUCUCAAGCUAUGACUGUCUACAUCAGGCCACUUCUCAACUCUCCUGAACCCCAAGGAGCACAGGUUUCAUCUGCUCGGCCCCUCCUCUUCAGAAAAAAAACUCCCUCUGUCCGAAAAGAGUGAACACUGUCCCACCCAGUCCCCAAUGGGAAUCAGGGAACACUGUCCCACCCAGUCCCCAAUGGGAAACAGGGAACACUAUCCUACCCAGUCCCCAAUGGGGAAUCAGGGAACGCUGUCCCACCCAGUCCCCAAUGGGAAACAGGGAACACUGUCCCACCCAGUCCCCAAAGGGAAUCAGGGAACGCUGUCCCACCCAGUCCCCAAUGGGAAUCAGGGAAAGCUGUCCCACACAGUCCCCAAUGGGGAAUCAGGGAACGCUGUCCCACCUAGUCCCCAAUGGGAAUUAGGGAACGCUGUCCCACCCAGUCCCCAAUGGGGAAUCAGGGAACGCUGUCCCACCCAGUCCCCAAUGGGAAACAGGGAACACUAUCCUACCCAGUCCCCAAUGGGGAAUCAGGGAACGCUGUCCCACCCAGUCCCCAAUGGGAAACAGGGAACGCUGUCCCACCCAGUCCCCAAUGGGAAUCAGGGAAAGCUGUCCCACACAGUCCCCAAUGGGGAAUCAGGGAACGCUGUCCCACCUAGUCCCCAAUGGGAAUCAGGGAACGCUGUCCCACCCAGUCCCCAAUGGGGAAUCAGGGAACCCUGUCCCACCCAGUCCCCAAUGGGGAAUCAGGGAACGCUGUCCCACCCAGUCCCCAAUGGGGAAUCAGGGAACACUGUCCCACCCAUUCCCCAAUGGGGAAUCAGGGAACACUGUCCCACCCAUUCCCCAAUGGGAAUCAGUGAACACUGUCCCACCCAGUCCCCAAUGGGGAAUCAGGGAACACUGUCCCACCCAGUCCCCAAUGGGGAAUCAGGGAACACUGUCCCACCCAGUCCCCAAUGGGGAAUCAGGGAACACUGUCCCACCCAUUCCCCAAUGGGGAAUCAGGGAACACUGUCCCACCCAUUCCCCAAUGGGGAAACAGGGAACAUUCUUCCACCCAGUGCCCAAUGGGGAAUCAGGGAACGCUGUCCCCCCCAGUCCCCAAUGGGGAAUCAGGGAACACUGUCCCACCCAUUCCCAAUGGGGAAUCAGGGAACGCUGUCCCACCCAGUCCCCAAUGGGAAACCGUGAACACUGCUCCACUGCGGGGGAAAGGAGAGGUGUGGGUUGAGUUGAUCUUCCCCGUGGUCCCACUGCACUCCUCCCAAGUUGGGCGGAAGCGAACGACUCUUUCUCGCUCUCUCUGAAAUGGGGCGACAGGCCAGGGAAGGGGCUCUCCCGUUCUGCUAAGUCGGUGGCGGUUUUGGGUGAACGCGACGCCCCCUUCCUCCGGCUGCCUGUACUGCAGCGCCAUUCCCUCCCAUCCGUUCGCUGGGCGUCCCCCUCCCAUGUUACUUUGGGGCGCUCAGAGGAAAGGUAUUGUGGGUAGGGAGGGAGGUUCUGUUAGCUCAGUCAGUUACGCCACACUCUCCUGGGACCGGUUCUCACAAUCAGCUGAGGUCACCUCCUCAGCCUCUUCAUCCCCCCACCUCCCCAUUGCCUGAGGUGUGGUGACCCGUGGGAACCAUG